AUGGGAAGGACCUUAACAUACCCCAAGCGGCCCUCGAACACAGUUAACCGCUACAAGCAUCGAGCAACCUAUGACCUGGGUGCCAUUCAUGAAAUCAUCAACUCUACCCAAGUUCUCCAUGUAUCCUUCAGCCCUGGACCAUCGGAGCCCUUCCCUGCAAUCCUGCCUAUGAUCGGACAAAUGGGAUCAUUCGACUACCCUUCAGCUGGCAUCGACGAACCCCUUGACUGUUAUCUCCAUGGCUAUGUCAGCUCCCGCAUCAUGAACUUGGCUCGAGAUGCCGAAGGAGAAGGACUACCCAUCUGCGUGGCUGCUAGCAAGGUCGACGGGUUGAUCUUGUCUCUGACACCGAACUCCCAUAGCUACAACUAUCGAUCUGCAAUUCUCCAAGGUUAUGCUAAGUUGGUUACUGACGAAGCCGAGAAACUUUACGCCAUGCAGCUGAUCACCAACUCGGUGCUCUCGGAUCGUUGGGCGCAUACGCGUGUUCCACCAGACCGUGCUGAGAUGUCCUCGACCGUUAUCCUCAAGGUUAAAAUUGUGAGCGGCAGUGGUAAGAUUCGAGAUGGUAGCGUCUCGGACGAGAAGAAAGAUACAGGCAGUGAAGAGAUCACGAAUCGAGUUUGGACUGGUGUUGUCCCUGUUUGGGAGACAUUUGGCGAGCCUAUUCCUAGUACGGGGAACAAGGUUCCUGAAGUACCAAGCUAUGUGAAGUCAUUUGUUGCUGCAAAGAACGAUGGAAAUCGUGCUUAUGCGGAGAAGGCCGUGGGAAUUGAGCUGCCACAAGAGGAGCAACAUUGA